AUGUCAGACCUUUUGAUAACUGGAAAUCAUUCAGAACGAAUACUUUAUGAUAUCGAUGUAGCUGUUAUUUGGAAGCCUGACGAUGAGUUAGCAGAUCAUGAUCCUGAUUCUCGGGUCAACACAUAUACUGGCACCAAUGAAGAUCCGUCUUACGCGCAAUUCCCAAGACGUGUUUUCAAACAAGUCACUCACCGUUUGAAACGUAGUCUAGAAGGACUUAUAAUUUCUACAACAGUUCCACCAGCACUUUUACAUGAACGUCCUAAAGUAACUAGUGAGUGGCUAAUGCAACUGUCACCAAACGGGAAAUACCUUGCAGUUUUACAAGAACACAGAAUUGAAAUUCGAACUAGUGAAAGUGGGUUUGAAAAGAAUCAUGCAAUUUAUAAUUCAAAGCGAGACGCCUUUCCUAAAUGGAGACGUCUUGUUUGGAGCUUAGAUUCUAAAAUUAUAGCAGCUACAAGAAGCGAUGGGACAAUCGAAAUCAUAAAUGAAGAUGGACAAUUGGUUUGCAUAAUUAUUUCUAGCUCUAAUAUAAAUUCUGAUAUGGAAAAGGAUACUCAAGGUGGUCAAAGCUUUUUUCUUGAACCAGUGGCUUUUAUAUCCUUUGUAGAUCCUAAACUUAGAUCAAAUAAACCAUUAUAUUAUGAAGGUCAUGUUUACCAAUAUGAGUUGAUCGUUGUCACUUAUGAUAGUGUUCUUCGCAGUUAUUUGCUAAAUACUAUUGAAUCUGUUACUACUUUGAAUGACAAUGAAACUAUAUCACGACGAGCGAAAGUUAACAUUACUUAUUCACGAGAAGGAGUUUCUGAUCCAGGAUUCUUUUCUUUUUAUCACAAAUUUUCUUUUAAACAAUGGCUUUCUACAGUUGUUUGCGGUGGGAAGCCUAAUAAUAAAAAUGAAGAUGAAAUGACUUCGCCUUCAGUUGUAUGUUGGUUGUUAUUACCAGAUCGUCCUUUUUAUCGUAAACUCGAGUUAGAAGGGAUAGUAGACGAAUCUAUCGAUGAUAUAUCAGAUUUAGACCAAGGUGUCGUUGAUGAUCCCGGAUUUUUUUCUCGAUUAAAAAAUGUGUUUGCAACUUGGCGUAAAGUGAACAAAAGUUUCACUGAUGAAAUUGUUCACAGCAUGAUCCCAUCACCGGAUAAACGAUAUUUAUUAACAUUGGAUUUUUCAGGAACUGUCAGCCUUUGGAAAAUAUCUAUGUCUAAAGGGGUUGUAAUUGAUCAGUCAUGGGAUCAAUCCCAUCUAAAUUACUUUGCUAGGGGAAAAGAAUAUCAAAAAUUGUCUUUUGAAAAAUUUCAAGAUGAAAUCUUUGAAAUCGAGAAUGAUGGUAGUGAUAUAUCUGAAGUCCCUGGAUUGGAAAAUGGAAAGAUUUUGUCAAUAGGAUGGUGGACAAAUAAUGCUUUUAUCCUAGGCUUUCAAAAUGGUUCGGUUAUUAUUGCCAGUCUCCCGGAUAUGCAUAAUAUAUUAGGCGACUCUCCCGAAACUUUUAAAUCUUGCCGUGAGAUCACUUGUCAAUCUAAUAACUGUUUUUUAGUUAUUGAACAUGAAGUUAAAUCAAUUAGAGCUCGUGUUCAUGGCGAUAACAUAAUAUCAUAUUCAAGAGCACAGGAAGAAGACGAAAUGGAAGAUGACGAUUUCGAUGAUUCCACUUCACAAAUGAGUAGAUUGGUAUCUGCUAUUGCAAAUUCUUUACAUUAUGAUUUACUUAACCGCAAAAUUAACGCUCUUGAAUACGACGAUGCGUUGGUAAUCGCCAAAACCUAUAACCUUGACACAGAUAUAAUAUAUCAAGCACGUUGGAAAGAUGCAGAAGUUUCUGAAACAGCUAUCCAUGAUUAUCUCGAUAAAAUUCAUGACAAAGAAUGGGUUAUAUCCGCUUGUUUUGAAAGAAUAACCAAAAAUCCUCAUAUCAUUCGACUUUUGCUAUGUUACGGAUUGGACCAUACAGAUAUUUUAGAUGAGAUUUUAAAGAAUAAUAAUCUCUCCGCCACAGAUAAUUUGAUCAAUAAAAAAUUGCGAGAACAUCCUCUAGAAGUAGAUUCAAAUAUUGAAAAAUUCUUGAAUAACUUUGAAUUAUCAGAGAAACAAAAAAUCUUCUGCCGAUGCCGAUAUUAUUUCUUAAAAUAUUUAGAUAGGUUAUGUACAUAUGAAAGAAUUGUGGAAGAGAAAACGAGGCGAGAUAUUGAAAAUGGUUCCAUGGACUCAUCUGAAGAAAACGGCAAUUGGAUCACAUUUAUAGAUUAUAAUACGACAUUUGCAGAGGAUUUUGCAAUAUUUCGUGAUGUGCAUAUCGCCGCGCAAGCAAUGGAUUUUGCGGCAGAUGAGUUCUUUAAUGGUCUGAAUAUUCUGUUUACACGACAUGGAAACGAAAUGUUGCCAUACCGAUUUACCAUUCUUGAACAAAUUCCUGAGACCGCUGAUCCUGAUGAAUAUGAAUCUUUCUUACCAAGAGUUGGAUCAAAUGACGGAGAUGAACUUUCGGAAUGCUUAUGGCAUCAAGAACCAUGGAGAGAUUAUGAUUGGGUUGAGAAUCCUAUAUUAAAGAAACAAAUACUACAGGAGGAACCAGAGGAAUGGGACUUUGAUGGCAUUUUAAUGAAAUCGGUUCCAUAUCCUGUUUCAGCUUCUUACAUAACACAAUGGUAUGUUGAUCGUGCGCAUAAGAUUGACAAUUCUUCAGGACAAGUGGAUAAAGCUCUAUCCCUUGUCCGCUACGGUAUCAAAAAAAAUGUAAAAAAUUUAGAAACUUUGGAAGAGGAUCUUCACAUGUUGUCACAACUUGUUUAUAACUGCUAUCCAUCAUUAGAUGACGGAAUAAUCAUGACGCUGGAUGAAUUUGAAUCUCUGACAGAAGAAGAAAUUAUUCAAACUUUCUUACGACAUACUGACGAGUCACGCAUUGUAAAUGAUGUUAGACAUUAUAUAAUGCCAUUUCUAAAUAUGUUACCUGAACGCCGUGCGCGGAAAUCCGAGUAUCCCGAUAAUAAUAAUAAAUAUUUACAUCCAACCGAUUUAUUAUACAAAUAUAUAUUAGAUCUUUCAUUGACUAAUUUGGAUUGGUGUUAUCUACUUUUCGAGGCCUCUAAGCCAACAUUACUAGCUGAGGAACGCAUUAUAACAUCUGAUGAGGAUUUGGCCAGGGUGGCACUUGCUUGUUUAUACGGAAAGACAAGCACAAAUGAUUUGGAUAUUCAAAAACGCAUUUCUGAAUGUCUUCCAAUUUUUGACUCGGACUCCUUAGAAACUGAUGCUAUCUAUAUCGAUAUCGGCUCAUCGCAAAAGUAUACUCCUCAUGAUUUUUUACCUAUAUUUAAAACAAAAAACGAAAAACAACUUCAGAAAAUUAUUCAAUCCCUUGAAAUUCAUUUAAACGCGGCAAAGGUUCUCAAACCUUAUAAUAACACAAUACCCUUAUGGUGGUUCCUUCAAAGUGCAAAAAACUAUACUCUACAAAAACAAUUAUGUAUUCAAUUAUCACGAAGGGCGAAUAAUAAUUCUGAAUAUGAUGUGGGGCACUUUGAUAAUGAAAGUGAAUGGAUCCUAUUACUAGAAGAAAUGAAAAAGUUGCAAGGAGAUGGUAGAGGUGUCUUAGGAAAAAUAUCCGUUGAAGAAAUUUAUAAAGAUUUCAUAUCUGGACUUCUGAGCUGCGGAAAAUUCAAUUUGGCGCGUGAAAUCCUCUUAACAACUGAUGGAUCCCGUCCUUUAGAAAUGGAUACUGCAGAAAAACUAAUUAUUGAUGCAUCCAGAGAAUUUUUCGAUAACGCUACCUCAGGAAACAUGAAUCAUGCUUAUAUUCAGUAUUUCUUUGAAAAAUGGUCACAUCGUUGUGUUAGUAGCAAUAUUAUAUUUGAAAUUAAUAAUAAUAAUAAUUCCAUCUAUAGUCUCCAAAUAUUACCGAUAUCAGAUACUAUAAAAUCGGAGCUUGAAUUCAUUGAGGCAACACACAUAUUGUCAGAAAAGAAAAUUUGCUAUCAACCUGGAGUACCAAUGCAUCCACUGCAAAUACGCCUUUCGUCAAAUCGACUGGAUUUUAUAGCUCGUCUAUUGAGCACAUAUGAAGAUGCAUACCACGACUCAAGGUCAAUUAUAAAGCUUGCAAAGAAGCUCGGUUAUCAAAACGACAAAGUUGCGGAAGUCAGAGUAAUGGCCAUGCUCGCAGAUGCCGCAUUACAUGACAACAAUUUUACUAUUGCAUACAAUACCUGUAUCGAUUUAGUGAAUGUUAUCAAGUUUAUUGCAAGUGAUGACAAAAGUGACAAUAAAGAUGCAGAACUAAUGUCAGCAAAUGACGUAGCUUGGAGAAUAUGUUAUGAGGUUGCCAAACAGGAAGAUUAUCAAGAUUUAGAACAACAAAUGACACUUAUGGGAUAUGCUUUAUCAUUGUGCCCAAAUGAUCAAACUGCAGAUAUUUUAAAUUUAUGGAGAAAAUUAGAUAAAGAACUUGAAAAUAAACCAGUUAACUUGCCAGCUCAAGAACCGAUAUUUACAACCAUAACCCAGAGCAAGGACACAGAGAAAUUUGGAAAUAAAUUUUUCCAAAUUUUUCCAAAUUUCGGUAUUUAA